AUUUUGUAGGUUAUAAUAUAUUGAUUUUUACAUUGACUAUCUAUAUUCCUCUGGUAUAUAUUUGGUAUCUUGGAAUCAACAGCACUGUAUUGUAUUGUGACGUUGUCUGUAAAACAUCAAAUUUUGAAGUCUAGUUUUAAUCAUGGAGUCAACCGGUAGAGCGUACGGAGCAGCAAAAGCGGGAGAACCCUUCAAUGCAGUGGAAUUUAUCAAACGUCCAAAAACAAUUUUGAGAGUUCUGAGUUGGUUGUUUGCCAUCAUAGUUUUUGGAUGCAUUGUUUCAGAAGGAUAUCACAUGGGGAAAUGUGUAUAUAAUAACGAUGCCAAUGCUUGCCAUUAUGGGGUUGCUAUUGGAAUUCUAGCAUUCAUCGGAGCAACUGUGUUUUUUGUUAGCGAUCUUAUAUUUCCAAGCAUCACUAGUGCAGAAAAGAGGAAAAAGGUUGUCAUAGCUGAUAUGGCAUUUUCAGCAUUAUGGACAUUCCUAUACUUUGUUGGAUUUUGCUACUUGACCCAUGCAUGGAAUUCAUGGGAAACAAAACCAGAAGAUCACUCUUUUGGUGCCGGAAAUGCUAAAGCCGCAAUUGCAUUUUCAUUCUUCUCUAUUUUAACUUGGGGAUGCUUGACAUACUUCUGCAUCUCAGACUACAGAGAAGGAACAUUGUCUGCUUUUGCACCAACAUACAAUGAUCCAAGUCUGGAGCAAAGUAGUUCUCCUUACAGUUCUUUUCCAGGCGACAGCGAAAUGCAAGGAUCUUAUCAAGACCCACCAUUUUCAGCAAAAGAUCCUGCACCGGAAUAUCAGCCGCCUACAUAUUGAUGAAUUCUAUACGAAACACAUUUUGCACAAUUUCGAUUUAAAAAUAUAGUUAACGUAGAUAGCAUUCGCAUGUGAGCCUAUACCUUUUAGAAUUGAAGUGGAAAAACAUAUUUUUUAGAAGAAUUCUAAAAUGUACUUUGUUGCAUGCAACAUUUUUAUUUUACAAAGCUAUUACCAACCCCUCGUAAUUUUGUUAAAACUAUUGAUUAAAGAAAUGUAAAGGUGCUGCUUUUUGCCAGUGGAAGUGGAUAAAACGAUGUUAGUGAUAUUGAUACAGAGCAGCAGCACAAUUGAUUGAAGCCCGUUUGAUUUCCCACCAUCGCUUGAGUGGUAUUGGCUUACACACUUUUUUGUCAGUGGGUUGUGUUAAAAAUUACGAAUUACAGCUGAUUUUAUGACUUAAUGCAUUAUAUUGUAAAAAAAUCUUACUUCUACCCAAUUUCCUCGCUAGCACACAAAUUGAACUUGAGAAAACUUUUUCGCCAGUUGAAUAUGUGUAUACACAGGUUGGCAUCCAUGUAAUGUAUAUGGUUCAGGCAUGUUUUCCUUCUUCCGUUUAAGAUAGGUUUUAUUAUUAUUUUCCUUGUAUUGUGUCUCUUUAUAUGGUAUAUUAUUAUUUUAAUGAAAUAAUUGUUGUCAGUUACAAGGUGCAAGUAAACCUGGGUAAAGUUUAUUUAUUUGGAAUAGACUGUACUUUGAUUUCUAUUCAGGGCGAGUUAUACAUGCUAGUACUCAUUUUGAAUUUCUUGUCUCCAAAUGCUUAUUUGCUGUUUUAUUAACCAGCAUUUUUUCAAUUGGGUGACUAAAUUUGUAUGCAUGGUCCUCGGAUUGCUGUUAUUACUAAUGGUGUAAAAAAUUGGUUGGAAUUUAAACGGUCCUUUUGUAUAAUUUACACUGUUGUAUAAUAUAUAUAUAACACAAUCAAUUUUUACCGAGCUGUUUAUGUAUUUGUGUCAUGGCAUGAAAUUUAAUCUUUCUGAAUUUAGUCAUACUAUAUUAAAAUUGUGACUUCCAAAUGAUCAAAUAUGAAUGCUUAUUCCUAAAUUAAGCAUUUCAUAAAAUGGUACUCCAAAUUGUGCAGUUUUCACAAAAUAUCUGGUUUUGAGAAAUCCUGCUACAUAAAUGAUUUGUCACUGAUAUUGGAAAUGGAACAAGCAUGGCUCCCUGCAAGACGGUGAUUGGAGGAACUGUGCUUAGAGUCAUUAAUUGGUCAAAAAUGUUCUAGCAUAAAAAGACUUCAAAUCAUUUUUGUUAUUUGUGUUGUACUAUUGCAUUGUGUAAAAUAAUAUUCCUUUUUAUGUUUUUGUUCUAUCUGCUUCAACCUGACAUCUAAUAGUCAGACAAUUUCAAAAUCAAGCAAGCGCAAUAUCAACUUUAAGAUAGAAUCAGUCCUUAACCCCUCUGAGAAAAUGUCAUAAUUUUUUGUUAAAUAUUUAGCCACAGGAACAAAUAAAUGAGGCUUUAUUCUUACUAUGUUCAAGCCUGGUACUUAUAUAUUCCCUAUGUAGUGAUAACAUUAUUAUAGAUGUUGGUCAACUGUUGGAGAAUUUGUUCUCUAGUUUUGCUUGGCCGUGUAUAAUAGGCAUAAUUUAUGUAGAUUGAGCUUGGUUAUUGAAUUUUCUAUUUCAAUUUCUCAUUGGUUGGUAUAUCUUCAGUCAACAUUGUAAAUGGAUUACCUAAUGGUUUACUUCAUUCCUUAGCUGACAUAAAUAGAAAUUGUCUUUUAGUAUAUUUGAGCAUAUCAGCAGUACCUGACUUUAUUUGAAUUAAACAAUAGUGCAGUUUUUGUUCAUGUGUAUUGUAUGCAACAAAUUGUGAAGCACUUUUAAAG